UCCGCUACUACAUCUCUUCGUCCUCCUCUUCGAAACCCUAAAAGUGAUCCCAUCGGAGACGUCCCCCUCUCCCAUUCGUAUGGCAUCGAUCCACAUCUUGCCUUGUUUUCCCUCAUCCCGGUCUUUUGUUCUCAGUGAGCUGAAGAUUUCUCCCCGUUCGGAUUAUGUGCUGCCUCUGUUCUUGAUCUUUCCUUGGUUGUAGUUGGGUUUCUUCGAAGGAUACAUCAGUCUCUUUGAACACUUGCCUUCCGAUGCAUGAUGUUUAUUGCUCUUCCAGUUUGAUAAAUGAACCAAGCUAUCUGAUGGAGAUGCUUUGUGCUUCUUUUAUACUCUACUGGUGAUUAAUGUCUAAUGAAAUGCCUGACACCGACUGCAUCUAUAUGUUGAGUUUGCUUCUUGAUAUGAGAUUGUGAAUAUAAUACUAUAUUAUAUGAAAACUUCUGAUUUCUAGAUCUUAUUCGAUCAUUACAGUGUUCUGGACCUACUGACUGUUGAUUGGGGAUUCUUUUGAAAUCGGAGCAAUGUAGGUUUUGUUGGUGCUUACGGGAGAUGAUUACGAUCGAGAAUACCGAUGACUUUUUUCAGCACAUCAUCUUGACAAAUUGACCGAUAAUUUGACAUGAGGAUCCUUGCUUGAGUUCAUUUUGGAACAAAUCUUGUCCGCCUCUUCUUUGGUAAUUGGCGUCCCGAAACCUUGUCAUGGGCUCGGUGAUGUAUUGAUCAACACAAAUAAUCACCUCAGAGUAAUCCUGAUAAGUAGUGCGCAGUUGCUGUAUUUUCAGCUCAACAACUUGUCAAAUUCCUUGCUCAUCAUCAGACUGAUGUCCAUAUGCGUCAUGCGCAUCGAGAAUUUAUUUAUUUGUGCUGCUCUCAGUAGUAGGCAUUAGUGUUAGAGAGUUUAAAAAAUAAUAAACCAGAAAAUUACCUAAUUGCCCUCUUAUUCCUGCCCUAACAAGUAUCAUAAAAAAGAAUAAGCAACUUUAGGCACUGAUCUUCAACCAAUUAGCUCUAGAAUAUUAUGUCGCUUGAAUUUUUCUUUGCAUAGGAAAUUUGUCGACUAAAUGCUGCAUUUAGUUUGUGUUAGACUCGAUUAGAUAGUCUCGUGGAUAGGAGAUUUGUCAACUGAAUGCUACUUCUGCUUUGUGUUAGACUAGAUUGUCUCUGUCAUUGCUGUUACAGUAUCUACUUAAUUUCAGAAAUUCUUUUAACUGCAAUUCUGUCGACCACUUGCUCUCAUCUUGACAGAUCUUGGCUGCACUUUGCCAGCUGAGCUAACAGACUUGCUCCUUUAAUUGUUCAAGGAGGGAAAAAAAGGAAAAAACUAAUGGAAAUGGAUGAAAGAAAUAACACUUUUGAGCUUAACUGAAUAUUAUCAAAUAAGGUUUUUAAGCUUUUUGAAGAUCCUAUGCAAAGGUAGUCAAUGCCAGUCAAAAAUUUUGUAAAAAAAAGGAAGACUAUAUAUCAAAUAUAUUUGGAAGAACACCUUCCCCAAAGAAAGAGAAUGAUUGAUGGUCCUCAACCUAAGGGAUAUGAAUUUUCUUGACUAUAUUUUUAUAUAUUUUCAAUUUUUAUUUUUUUGUACUUGGGGGCCUAUAUACAUAGAAAAAGAUUUAUAGUUAGAAAUAUGACCGAGCUAGUUAAAUUUGUUUUCCUCACAUUAUGUACUAGUGUUGUGAGAUCAUGUUUAUUUCUCAGUAAUGUGAUUCCAUCAUCCACAUAGAAGACGUGCGUGGUGCCUAGCUUCCGUUCUUGUGAGUGAAUUCUUGAGUGAGAGUGCGAUUGGUGUUGAUCAUUUUUUUGUCUUUUAAUUAAAUUACGUAAUGCUUGUUUUAAAUAUUCUACAAUUGAAUCUUAGAAAAAAUAUGUUUUGUUCCAUACUAGAAACGCCUUCAUUCACUUGUUUACUUUGUAUUUGGUAUCAGUGCAGCAUAUCCUACAUAUGGAUGUUUACUCUGUAUUUGGUAUCAGAGCAUCAUAUGCUAGGAGGUCCUAAGUUUGAUAAUCAUCUAUAAUUUUGGUUGUCUGGCUUACCAGUCUUGGUUGAGCCACCAACCAAAGAAGAUAGAUUUUCGAUUAGUUAUCCAUGGGCUUAGUUUUCUCUUGACACAUGUGCUAGGUGAGAGGCCGGUAGCCCCCUAUGGGGUGGUGCUACUAACCAAUGGGAACUCAGCCUUCCCUGGUUUGUGGCUUAGUCAAGAAAGAAGAAUUAUAUCUAUUUUGACUUAGAAUGGUUUGACUCUCUGUAAUGGAUAUGGUUUCUAUUGUUGGCAUCCAUGUAUAUGCAUACUGUACUAAUAUAUUGCUGGCACUCAUUUGCAUAGAUUGGCACAAGAAUCUUUUGGUGAUGACCAAUACUAGGGUAUACUUCUUUGCAUAUUUGCUAAUCCUGCCAACAUAAUCAUUUUCCUUUCCAGAUAAAGAACUUAAUGCAUUAGCAGACUGGUGGCUUUCCCUUUUGUAACUAUAACUUAAGUUUUCAUCUCACUUUUAACUAGCUUCUGCUUCAACAUUUCCUAAUCAAAGUUAAAGGAGCAACUUCAUGUUGAGAACUGAUUUUAGGUAUCCUGGAAAUAAGGUCAGUUCAUUAUCAUUGAAGCACUUCAUUGGUUGAAGAUGUCUUGUAGAACAAGGUAGUAAACAAGCACAAUUAUGUAUGUAUUUCACAUCUACAAAAUGUGUAUGCAUCAAAAACAUGCAAUCCUCUGUGCAAAUAUUCUGAGAAAAAGGUGAAAUAUGAUGGAUAUUGGAACUCCUGGUAAUUUAAUUGAAUGUAUGACAUGUUGUGACUCACAAUCAGAGCAAAGAAAUAUAAGAUGGCUACUAUCAGGCCAAUACAAAUGUAGGCACAAUUUAGAAUAUAAUCAUUGCCAAAUUUGGAACUUAAUAAUAUUAAUAUGUAGUAUAAAUCUGAAGAUUGCAGAUUCUAGAACCACCUUUAUAAUGCUUAAAUACAUUUGUUGAGAUUGUGUCACUAACAAAAGGGUUUAGAAAAUCCACAUAUGCAUAUUUCACUUUGUUUAUUUACUUUUCUUGUCUGCUAUCUGGUAAGAUUUGUAGGAUAAAAGUUUAAGAUGAGCUUAACUUCAUUUUUCAAUGACCUGAACUUUAUAUUUAAGUUCAGUGAAUUUUGACUUCAAUUGACUUGGAUAAUUGCUCAAAUAUCUAAACAGGCAUGCGGGUUACAUUCAUAUCUUCAAUUCAGAUUUUCUAUCCCUCCAUAUGCUUUUCCUCAGAAUUAUGUGUAGUUUGCAUUCUUUUAUAUGUUAUCUAAAUUUCCAAAGGUUCCUUAGACUAAAAAAAUCAAUCUGUUACCAAAUUAUAAAUAAUUUAUUAUAGCAUGAUAAUGGUAGAAUCUUGUGCAAUAUUAUUGGAGAAUCCUAGUAUACCAAUAUGAACCUUCCACUUUUUUCAUUCAAUCAUUCUCCUGGGAAGAACAAUUCUAUGAAAAUGAAAGAGAGUGCUUAUUUGAUCAAACACCAAUUUCACUGUAUAUUCAAAUUUCUAUUUUCAUUAAUUAAUAUUCUGUUGUACCUAAUUAUGCAGAAAUAGUCAGUGAUUGCAAGUAGUUUCGUGCAUUGGACUUCAUUUCCUUUUGGCAACAUGGGUGAAGGUAGUUGUGGUGAGAAACCCUGGUCAAGAGAGCAACUAAAUUUUUUCAGGAUGAGCAGCUUGAUGCUGUUGCCAGAUCAAGCAAGAGCAAUAUCACUAAAUAUCAUGCCUAUUCCUGGAAGUGAAAAAUCUUCUGUUUCCCAGCAUUUCAUCUCACCUCAGAUUCAUUAUAUGCAAGUAUUUUCCAACAGUGUUAAUGAGCUUUAUACUGAUGCUCCAUUUUCUGACCCAAGGCAACUUUGUACCAUUCCUGCUGAAAACAUACUGGGCGAUUUUGUUUUGCCAAUUUCUAGAGUGGAUGCUGCUAAAUCAUAUUAUGGUUCCCAAACAAGAAAUCUGUUUCAACAUUUCAAACUCAUCGAGAAUCCUCUACUGGAUCAAUCAAAUAACUCAUCGAUUGACAAUGUCAGCACUACAGUAGUAAACACUCCUUACAUUAAAAGGGAAUCCACAAGCUACAUUGGCAAAGCUUUGUCUCUUGUUCGGAAUGGUGAGGUCGGCACAAGUGCCACAGUUCCCAGGAGUCAUGCUUUAACGAAAGAGAACUCUGAUGAAAGGAAAGAACAUGCCAUUGAGAUUCAUUCAAGAGAGAUGGUUCACUCAAGAGAAGACAAAGCUAGAGCUGCUACAAAGAACAGGCUCCGCAGAGCUAGGAUUACUGAAGGAAUUAAAGCAUUGCAAAAUAGUAUACCAUUCUCUGGCCAGGUAGUAAGCCAGAGCCGGUUAAAUGGUGAAGCUGCGAUAUACCCCUUUGUUUAUGUAGAGGGUUAUGGGCACUACUUGCUCCAUCAGCAGUGUUGUGGUGAGCCUCUUGAAGAAGCGAUGGGGCAACUGAUGGAGUCGAACAUGCAGUCCGCACUGGAUCUGCUGGGAAGUAAAGGUUUGAUCAUAUUACCCAUUGGUCCUUGCAUGCUCCCUUCUUCACACUGAUUUAGUAGCUACUAAUGUUACAAGUUAACUACGCUGGCUGGCGGUGCUAAAAUGGCAUUCAGGGCAGUUUUGUUGGUUUUAAGCUCAAGGCACUGACUUGCCAUAGGCACCCUUUCUGAGGACGAUAUGCUUUAGAAUGUUAGUAGCAUUACUGGUGCUGUUAUAUAGGAGAUACGGAAAGUCAGAGCUACUUCAGAAUGUAUACAUGCUAAUUUCAUCUACUGAUAUGAACUUGUUACAUAAGUCUUAAUGCCUUUUGAGAUUUAUAUUUCAU